UUCUCGGGAUCACAAAGCAUUUGCCGCUGGGAACAUGGUGGCUCACAGACCUGACCAGCCCCCUGUUACUGUGUACGCCUUGCUGCAAAAAGCCAAGCCAUGCUGGAGCACCAAAGAUUUGGUGAAGGUAUACCAGAAGCUGCACAAGGUAUCUAUCACUGAUGGCGAGUCGCUGGCCCGAGCGUUAUCCGAAGGCUCGCUGAACCAGGUCCUGGCGGAAGCGGGGGAGCGGAAGCUGAAAGCCUCCACCCUGCUGAUGCUGAGGGUGGCAACGAGGGACCCCGCACGCGCCCAGAAGGAGGAGGAGACGCCCUCGCCGCUGGAGAAGAGGCAGUGCUUUUGUGGCGCGUGCAUCAGGGUCCCGAUGUGCGCACAGUGGGGGCCUGCGACUGAAGCGCCAAAGGAGGUGCUGCUGAAGCUUCCGCGCCUUUCAGCUGGCCCUGCGCCGCUGAUCCCAUCGAGGAGGUUAUCCUUGAAGAGCCAGGUGCCGCGGUUGCCCCGCGUGCGCUCGGAGCUUCUCAUACGCCGGAGUCCAGUUGGCCGGAGGAGCCCCAGCGGAAACCGCGCGGAGAUCGGCCGCACGGAGGUGGCUGGGCGAGCGGGGGCCGGAGCAAAGGGCCAGCGGCAGCCGAGCCUGGCCCCGGCAGCCGCCGCUCAGAAGCCUGCUGCCGCCAGGACUGGUGAGCGCGAGGCUCCAGAUGUCCAGCAAGAGGAUCAGGUUGCUCCACCUCCUCGUGCGAUGCCAUCACCAGGAGUUGCAAUGCCACCAUCGAGCCUGCCGUCUCCCCAAGUCAGCUCGCCCGAGCUUGGCAGGACGAGAUCUGAUGCAUCCAUGUCCAACUCCUACGCCACUUUUGUGGCCACAACAAGAGGGAAGAACUGCCAAUCACCCGAGAGUCUCCAGGCCGCCGAGACCUUCGAGACCUUUGGGACCUUCAGCUCGGCAGGCCAAAGCCAAGCGAAGCCGAGCUGGUACAGGUCUCCGGAAAAGUCGCAGGUCUCCAGUGUGUCAAGCCUGCAGGAGAGCUACAUGAUCUCCUCAGGCGAGUGGGAGCCCUAUUUCAGCGACCUCUCUGAUGGGGAGGAAGAGGAAGAAGCGGAAGGAGAUGAAAGAGAUGAACGAGAUGAAAAAGAUCCAGGGCACAGGCCACUGGCAGAGGAAGUGCAGGAGGUCACAGUACGAGGUGUCUGGAAGAGGCCACACCCUGGGCCUGCCGCUGCCAAGCCCAGCCCGAGCCCGAAGCCCUCCCGCCGGCUGGACGUCAAGGCGCAGAGGCGGAGGCACAUGGUCCGAGCCUACGGCUGAGCGGCUGGCCGCCCGUGCAAUGUACAUAUGGCCGCGCGGGAACGGGAGGUUUCGGCCAAGCCUCAGGCGUUGCUCUCAGGAGGCGCUGCACGUCGCCCUUUGGCGGCAGUUUCCGGCAAGCGCUGUGCCCAAGGCAAGCGUUGUUGCUCCGGGCGAAAAUUGAGGAAGGCUUCGAUCGGUAGGUGAUCAGAUAGAUAGGUC